UGCAAAGCACGCAUAUCGAUAGUUACUGCGCUCAGCUGCUUGUCAUAAAUAUCGACAAUGCUUUCGAUUAUUAGUCUGUUGUGCUAGUAAAAACUGCCGGAAAAUGCGUUUACUGCGUGUGGGCGAUCGACUGAGUGCAUUGCGUGUGCGCAUCGAGGAGAAAUUCACUCUGCCCGAACGCUUCAAAGGCACCGUCGUCGAGAAGUGGACAAAUUACUGGAAAGGCUUGUUGCGUGAUUACGGCGAAGUGGGCGCCGGUGUUGUGAAAGAAUCCUAUGCGAAUCCCAAGAAGGCAUUGGCCUAUGGCACCGGAGUGCUCACGCUCUACCUGGCCGCACGCAAUAAUCCCGAUGAGGCGGCGUUUAUGACGCUAUUGCGUAAACAAACAAAUCGCAUGGUCACAUUGCCUCCAGAUCAACAGAAUCCUGACUCCGCCAACUAUCUAACGAUGCUGGAGCGUGCGGUUAACCAGAAGAAAUUGCGACUGCUCUCGUUGGGCAUCUGCACACUGAUGUGGGUGGAUCUGUAUGACGAGGACGAUUGCACGUAUCCGGCAGUCUGUGAAUACACCUCGGUGGGAUUGUUGAAUUUCCAUCAGCGCAUCAUCGAUGUGGGCUGCUGGAAUGAGUUCUGGCGUCUCAAGCACAAGAUGCGCAACUACGACAUUAACUAUCUGUGA